AUGGUCAAGGCCAUCCAGGUGCUCAGGAUCCACCUUCUGGAGCUCGAGAAGGUGAACGAGCUCUGUAAGGACUUCUGCAACCGCUACAUCACCUGCCUGAAGACCAAGAUGCACAGCGACAACCUGCUGCGCAACGACCUGGGAGGACCCUACUCCCCCUCCCACACCUCCUUCAGCCUGCAGCAGGAGCUGCUUCAGACCUCCUCCCCCUCGCUGACCUCCGUCUCAGGCUCCGCCCCCUCGGGCAUCGUGGUCCCAGCAGGGGGGCUGCAGCAGGGCAACGUCACCAUGACGACCAUCAACUCCCAGGUGGUGUCAGGUGAGCUCACACACACGCACACACACCCACACACGCACACACACACACGCACACACGCACACACACACGCAUGGGCACACCACUUAAACUAAUGUUAU